CUGUGUGUUCUUGUGUUUGAUUUGUGUAGCGAAAUUAAUUCGUGAAAUCGAUCAGCUGAGCACAAAAACAUUUUUAUUAGGAAACUAUGCAAACGAAGUAACUUUCCAAAACACAAACUCUCAAGAGCUCGCAUCCAAGCUCAUUAGAACGCCCAUCAUAUUGAGUCAUUAAUUAAACACCAGUAAAAACACUUGCUUUCAAGGUUGCAUCAAUAAAAGACUUAAACAGUGCUUGGAAUAUAAUGGUGAUAUUUUAAAAAUGGGCGAGGAAAACGAUCGUGAUUGCGGAAGGAGCGGGCCGAAGAAUUGCUUACUGAAAAUCGUGAUUUUGGGAGAUGGCGGGGUUGGCAAAUCUUGUUUAAUGAGCCGCUUCAUUUCGAACCACUUUGAUGAUCACAGCUUCCAUACUAUUGGUGUGGAGUUCAUGAAUAAGACCAUAGAGGUGAAUGGGAGGCAGUAUACUUUACAAGUAUGGGACACAGCAGGCCAGGAGCGUUUCAAAUCCCUCCGGACUCCGUUCUACCGCGGCUCGGACAUCUGCAUACUAGCUUACUCUGUGGACGACCGGAGUUCCUUCCAAAAUGUCAAGAUGUGGCUGAACGAGUUCCUACACUACGCCGCUGUUAAGAAUGGCGUCGAGAGGUUCCCAUUCAUGGUUGUAGGAAACAAGUCAGACGUGACAUCACGCGAGCGAGAGGUAACAUACGAUCAACUGAAACAGCUGUGCGCAGAGAAUAAAAUAGCAUCGUACAUAGAGACUUCGGCUAAGAGCGAUAACAACGUAGUUGAAGCUUUCACCAUGGCUGUUCAAAGAUGGUUGGAGCUCGAGCAAGUCGCCGAAAAAGAAAUGGGCAUGCUCGAAAACCCAGACUCCAUCACGUUACAUGGCGACCGCGCCGCGUCCAACCUGCGAGCGACAUGCUGCUCUCGAUUCACCGACGCUUGAACGUGAUCCAGUACAUUCUGCGUCGUACUAUAAAGGCUAUAAUCCCUUGCGUGUCCGAAUGCGACGUAGGUAACUUCGGCGAAGUUUAGAACUUUCUUACAAUCACUACACUUUACAAAACAAAGUCACCCGUCGCGUCUGUCUGUAUGUAUGUUCGCGAUAAACUUGAACGGAAUUUCAUGCGGUUUUAUCUAUAUUCAUUUUUGUGGAAGGUUUAGGUGCAUGAACUGUUAAGGUUCCACCCGUGUGAAGUCGCUAGUAUUUCAAUAAUGGUCGCCGAAUAUUGUCUUAUUUCAGGACCAUUCUGUAUGGUUGAGGUUUAUUAUUUUGUUUAGAUUUUAAAUCUUGCUUUGACACUGUUUUUAAUAUAAAGUGUCAAAAAACGUUCUUCUCGCUGGAAGUGUUAAAUAUCUCUUCUAUGUGAAGGCAGUGGCCGUCUCGAAGUGGGCCGUCGCCCGCGGCCUCGCGCGAGGCCCCUUCGGGCACAAUGAAAGAAAACGGCCUCGCAGAUGCGAAUUCGCCCACGGCUAGAUUAGUUCACUCUAUACCACUGUGUGAAGGUAUGAUGACUGUAUGAUAUAUAUAUUGAUUUGAACGUUACAUAGUAAUGUUAUUAAGCUUAAUGUAAUGGGAUUAUCACAUUACAUGGCGACCGCGGCGCGUCCAACCUGCAAGCGAAUUGCGGUUAUAAAGGUAUCCCUUGCAUGAAUUGCCGAAUGCAAAGUGUUAGUUUCGGCGGAGUUAAAAUCUGUCUUACAAUGCUUUAAUUGUGGUCUCCAAUUUGGCCUAUGGUAAGACUAUACUAAAUAUAAAAUAAGGUCAAUAGUGUCAAGACGGCUUAAUCCAUCUGCGGGAAAUUCCGUACACGGCCGUUAUUUUUACAGAUCACAAGAAUUGACAUUACUUAGAAUUUUUAUUAUAAUUUCCUUUAGAAAUUGUAUGAACAAUCUUACUUUUUUGUAAUAUUUUAUUUCCAUGUUGACCAAAAACAAAAAGAUUAGUUAAACUUAGUAUUACGUUUGGAGGAAGUGAUAUGUGAUUGAAUCACUGGUUUCGUCAAACGAAACCGUUUGGUAAAAUCUAUUUAAGUUGGAAUGUAGGCUUAACACAUUUAAUAACUUUGCUCUCGUGUUGCACACAUAAUUUUUCACCUCAGUAGUGAGAACAUAUUAAAGGUUAUCUAUUUGGAAUUACACAGAAUAAUACAGAGAAAAAAAAAGAAGUAUGAAGUGAAAGUUCAUGGCAUUCACUAAAUUAAAAAGCUACUUUGUUUCACUUCCUGGAGUGAGGAAAGUCGCACUUUCUUCAAUCCAGGGAGUGACGAAAGUAGGCUUGUUCGAGCUGCUGAGGUGAAAAUAACUAUUUUCGUUAAUUUAUUAUAGAAUGGUAAUAGAUAAUUCUGACGCUAGGAGGAUAUAACCAAAUGGAGCCGCCUCGUCUGUAAUUUGCUGUACAAAAAAGUCUGCCAAUUUUUGCGGGGGAGGGGAACGUCAAAUGCAUACGUAACGUCAAAAUAGCCAUGUCAAGAUAACCGUCAGUCCAUACAUUGUGUAUGACGAAUGACCAUUGGCCGACUAUUUUCGACAGAGGGGCAUGCCUGUUAAUGGCUACUUCGUUUGGUUAUAAUCUCCUAGUUCUGACGCGUACAAAGAUCAGUGUUUUUAUAUAAGAAAUAUCAAUUAAGUGUGCUAAAUUACUAGAGUCAAACCAAGAUAAAUCUGCAGAGAUUUUGAAAGCACACGCAGUGUAGGUGUUAUUUUAUACGUCAUACUUCUAUGAAAUUAUGACGUAUAAAUAACACUACUAUACUAGCGCAGUAUACUAGGUGUUCGCAGAACUGAUAGAAUCAGAAACACGGAACUGCGCUCCAGAACUCGAAUUGUAGAUGUAGGUGUCCAGACCGCUAAGCUUAAGUGGGACUGGGCUGGGCAUGUCUGCCGCAUGCACCCUGAAAGGUGGGCCAAAAUGGUUACCGAGUGGGACCCACGGAACACCACAGAUGGUGCUGGCCGGGGUGCAGGCAGGCCGAAAAGGAGAUGGCGGGACGACUUAGACGCAUUUUAUCCGGAUUGGCGGGACACUACAAACGACAGGGUCGAGUGGAGGAAACGAGGGGAGGCCUUUGCCCAGCAGUAUGACACUAAAUUAGGCUAGUAAAAAAAAAAAAAAAUAACACUGGCACUGCGUGUGCUGUCUAAAUCUCUGCAGAAUUAUCUUGGUCUAACUCUAUUAAUGUAUAAUAUUGUUUAUUUGAUAAACUAAGUACUCAUAAUGGAUUUUACUGAUAUUGGUGAGAGUGUUAACUCUAUUUAUGUAUACAUAAUUAGUUGGUUUUAUGUGAGUAAUGGAAGUACUGUAAAAGUAACAGGGAAAUCGAUUUUACAUUGUAAAUACAUGUUUACACAUGUAUGUACAGUGGUCUAUUACCAAUAUUAAUAUAUUAGCUUACUUCUGUAAUAUCAUAGAGUAACUUAUACUAGAGCGGUACUGUCAUAGUAAAUUUUGUAACCCUAGUAAAUUCACUGCCAUCUGUCGACACACUUUAAAACUAAAAAUGAAGAUUUAUAAAAAUACGAUAAAAUGUAUUUAAAUAUGGAUAAAUGUUUUUUUUUUUUUAUUUGCAUUAAUUAUUUUUAUGAUUUUGAUCCAUGUUGUUUCACUGAUAUGCGUUAAAAUUGUUAAAUAACAUACGCCCUCUGAACAAGAAUCAAAUUUUCUUGAUUUUCGAGGCACGUUUUUUCCUUAGACUGUAUCCAUCUACUACGGAGUUAUAUCUAUCUUUGGUAAUAUGUAACAUUCUUGAAAAUUAGGAGGCCAGGCAUUUUUACAUGAUGUAAAAACUAAAAUCUAACUGUUUAAAUGUUUAAAAGCUUACGACUGUCUUAAAAGUCUACAAUACGGUUAAUAUUGUUUCAACUAAAUCCAUUUAUAUACUUACUUAUUAUUAUUUUAAAAAUUGCACUUCCUACUUAAAAUAUAAACUUCAAUAUUAUUGAGACCAAAACUAUCACUUAAAUGUAAUUUUAAUUAUAAGAGGCAUUGCAUAUCUAUACACAUUCCCGUUGCCAGGGAGCAACUUUUACUAUGGGACCAACUCCGAAAUCGCGAAAAAAAAAAUUUGGCUGUUACAUACAUUAUGGCUGGUUCAUUUUCUAUGGGAGAGAAAAAUGAUGAGGGGAGGGAAAAUUUAUGAUUUAUGAACCUCUGGCAACGGGUAUGCACUUAUUUUUUAGCC